AUGGCUAUAAUUGCAAUUUAUGGAUACAAUCGUUGUUCAAAUGGAAAACAAUCUAUAGUUCUUACAAAAUAUGAAUUGUCUGAUUCAGUGUUUAUGGAUUAUCUUAAUUAUCUCAUAUUAAAUGUGUUUGUACUGAGAAUUAUGGCUUAUUUUAUGUUAUUAUUAAUUGCAAAUCCUUCACUAAAUAUCACAAUAAUUUCUAAGUGUUGUACACUUAAGAAGUGGAGGAAGAGUCAUGAUAUUAGUCGUCAGCCAUCUCUUAAAGAACAUCUAACUGUUCCCAAUCUAACUGAACAAAACUAUAAACAGAUCACUGCAUUAAACAUUAUGAAAGUUCCUUCUAUUAACAUAAUUCCCAUUAAUGAUGAUAUAAAUAAAAAACAUGAAUUUAUCAAAAAUAAGAUAUGCAUUGCUUGGUCGGCAUUAACUGUAAUUAAAAAGAAAUCUCUAUUAACUCCUGAAAAAUAUAUUUUAAACAAUUUGAAUGGUUUUCUUGAGUUUGGAUCAAUGACUGCACUAUUAGGUGCCUCAGGAGCCGGAAAAACAACACUUUUGAAAACAAUUAACAACACUCAAGAAUUAAGUAUAAACAACGAAUCGACAAUUUAUUUAUCAAAAUAUCAAAAAAUUAGGACAUGUUUUAUAUCUCAAGACRCAAGCGAUCAUUUAGCUUAUGGCUUAACAGUUGGUCAGACCAUGAAAUAUGCCUCACUAUUGAAAAACAGUGCUUUUAUUGGAACUGUAGUUCAAAAUUUUGAUCACAAGAAAAAUAUACAUAAAAUUUUGAAUGAUUUGCUCAUUAGUUCUUGUAUUGAAACACAAGUCCAUAGUUUAAGUGGAGGACAACAGAAACGUCUGAUUAUUGCAAUGGAGUUGACAUCUGCUAUAAAACCAAAUCUCUUGUGCAUCGAUGAGCCAACCAGUGGUCUGGACAGCAAUGCUGCUCAAGUGGUAAUGGAUUGUUUAAARCGAUUGUCACAAAAACAUAACAUUUGUGUGAUAACAUCCAUUCAUCAGCCAAACAAUAAUAUCUUUAAGAUGUUUGAUAAGUUAUAUGUAUUAUCUAAAGGAGGACAGGCUGUAUAUUCAGGUUCUCCACAACAAUUGAGAUACCAUUUGACUGAAUGUGGUGUUGAAUGCUUGGAAAGUCAAAUACCUAUUCAAGUGUUGGUUAAAUAUUCUUGUAAAAGAGUGGAUCAAAGUUUAGUAGAGAAUUUGAUUCACAAGACAAAUGAAAUGCAAAUAAAUUUGAUUACCAAUCGAUGCAAUCAAGAAACUAAUGUCUAUCCAAACGGAAUACCAUUUCUAAGCAAACGAUUUUUCUUGAAAGAUCUUAAGCAUCUCUUAUUGAGGACUUUAACACAAACUUAUCAAUAUUUUUAUCGAUUUUUAUUAAUGAAAUUUAUAGCAAUUUUGUUAUCCGGCUAUUCAUUGACGGUAUUGUUUAACAAAAAUAUUGGAAAACCGAGCGGUUGUUUCAAUCUUGAAGACGACUUUGAAAAUUGCAAUAAAUCUGACGAUCGUCUCAAAGAUGAAUCCCUAUUAGUUCAAAAUAUUUUCUACAAUUUUUCAUUCAUCCAAUUAUUUCUAUUCUUUGAAUUGAUUACAACUACUAUGACAUUCACACCGGAUGUCAAACUAUUUCUCAGUGAACACCGAAACAGUUGGUACAGCACCGGUACAUAUUACUGGUCCAAAGCCAUUAUUGAAAUACUUCCAACACUAAUAACAACAUUGCUAUACUAUGCAUGCAAAAUAUAG